GUGUGAUGGUCCAUCCUAGAUGCUUCCGAGCCCCGAGAUGUCGACGCCGCUUCUGGACAUGAUAAGACAGACAAUGAAGAUUUUGUACAAUAUAUCAUGGAGUACAACAGCUCUGAUGACUGUGCUAAUAAUAGGCUCUGUGAAAAAGAUCAAAAGUAUUCCAGACCCUCGACAGAGAGAGAGGAUGCUGCAGCUAGAGGCCUCAGAGAGAGUCGGAGGCAGAGUGGAACUCACUGCAGCAGAGAGGAGGCUUGAUUCAUUAUUGCUUAAGCUUAAAGAACAGGAGAUGCAAGCUCAACAUUUUCUGCCUGCUAUGCACUUUUUUAGAGCAAAACCUUAUAUUGAAAAAAGUAAUGUGUUUAAACUGCUAAAGAAAAUGCCAAAAGGUGGCAUCUUACACAUACACAGCUCUGCUAUGGUAAGCGUGGAUUGGCUUGUAAUGAAUGUGACUUACAGGCCUCAUUGCUACAUCUGUUUCACGUGGACGGGUGAGGUGCGGUUCUUAUUCUCUGCCCGACGACCCUUUCCACAGUGGGGUUGCUUUUCAUGGAAACUGCUGGGGGAUCUGAGAGCCACUAUCAGUGAUGUAGCUGCCUUUGACAAGAGUUUAAUGCAGAACCUCACACUGUGUACUGAGGACCCAGAAGCGGCAUAUCCUACCCAGGAUGUUGUGUGGGAACAGUUUGAGAAAAAGUUCCUUUCAAUUUCAGGACUGAUUACCUAUGCAUCUGUUUUUAAAGAUUACUUCUACCAAGGCCUUCAGGAACUCUAUAAUGACAAUAUUUUGUAUCUGGAGCUGAGAACCGGCCUCUCUCAGACAUAUGAGCUUGAUGGCACCGUUAAUGACAAAAAAUGGUCCCUCCAGACUUACAAAAACAUAACUGAGCAGUUCAUUUUGAGAAAUCCUGAUUUCAUUGGGAUUCGGAUUAUCGUAACUGUUCACAGGGCACUUAGUUUGUCUAAAGUUAAAGAAGCAGUAAAAAAUACCAUAGAGAUGCAGAAACAUUAUCCAGACCUCGUUGUUGGCUUUGACCUGGUGGGAAAAGAGGAUAGUGGAAAUUCUAUAUGGUAUUUUCGGGAGGCUCUGUCAGUCACCACAGAGGUUAAAGCCAACAUUUCCUACAUAUUCCAUGCCGGUGAGACUGACUUAGAUGGCACAGAUGUCGACAGGAACAUUUUGGAUGCUCUGUUGUUUAACACUACGCGCAUUGGACAUGGAUUUGCUAUGGCACAUCAUCCACUGGCAAAAGAGCUUUCCAGAAAGAGGGGAGUACCUGUGGAAGUGUGUCCUAUAUCCAACCAGGUUUUAAAAUUGGUUUCAGAUCUGCGAAAUCAUCCUGCUGCAGUCUUAAUGUCAGAAGGGCAUCCAAUGGUGGUGAGCUCUGAUGAUCCAACCUUGUUUGGAACUAAUGGACUCAGUUAUGAUUUCUAUGAAGUCUUUGUAGGAAUUGGAGGUCUAAGUGCCAGUGUGGGCACACUUAAGGAGCUGGCAAUAAAUUCAAUCAGGUACAGUUCUUUGACACCCUCACUAAAGGAAAAGGCCUUGGUUAUAUGGCAACAAAAGUGGGACAAAUUCAUAUCAGAAAAUUCUCCAGGAAUUUGAAGAAAAGACAACAGAUAACAGGAUAUAAUUCUAUUACAUGACUCUAGAGGAAUUCUUAACCACUUUGCAAAACCUUUUAAUUCAAAUAUACUGA